CAGCAGCCAGCCAUCCACACAGGCACACGAUUAGACACACACAGACACACGCACGCAGUAACUAAGUCACCCUCACAUAAACCAACAAGGACAGCCCCCCCAGUAUCAGCAGCAGCAAGUAGGUGAACAUCACCUCAGACCACAGUCCUGAAGGCAGCCAGCAGCUUCUUGCCCUCAUCCCUGCCCACACUACUGCUACUCCAACGGGCCAGCAGUAUACUGCUGGUCAGCUGCGACUCGGUGAUGAACACCGUGUUCGCCACCAGGGGGAUAAGACAGAGAAGCCCGAGCCAAGUCGCUAAGUCCCAGACCAGUGGAAGAGUCCACACCAAAUAGUGAGCCCAAGCGAUGACAGAUACAGCACAGAUCAAGUGGGUCAACACGGCGCGGCGUUUGGCGUCGUCCAAGAGAGGUGAGACCACCCCAAAGGCAGCAGAAAGCCGUGUGAGGAACGCCACAGAGGCUGGGAAGAAGAAGGCCCAGGUCAGGCAGGCCCAGGCCCAGACGGACCGAGGGAUGAGGCCAGCGAGGAAGAGGAAAGGGACCAGGAACCACACGUGAUGCAGCAACAGCGACACGUAGAAAUCGAUCCUACAGAACUGCAUAAACGAAAGCAAAGACACAGAGAGGAAGGAGUCCGAUUGGCACCCACCACCCCGGCUGUGCUUUCUUCACCCGAUCUCACCCUCUCGAUCUUGGGUUGCGCCUCGCGUGCUAGCGUGGCUCGUGUGGCCCUGCGCAGUGGUCCUGCCGCAACCUCGCGAGGUCCUCGUUCCGCCGUAGGCUGAGAAGCCGGACGCCAUGGUGGAAGCACCAGGUAAGGCAUCGAACGGCCAAGAGGAAACGGAAACAGGAGAGAUCUCGCCCAGCUCGAGGUCCAAUCCCACGGGCUUCACGGUCGCAUCCUCAGAGAGAUCACCAGGUAGAUCUUCUAUGGGAAUCGAAGGAUUGCCAAGCACGCGAACAGCCAUGAUCGUCCAGACCUCCUUGCCCGGAAAGGGAAGGAGAGGAAGGAGAAAGGUGCUGAGCUC